CUGCCACAGCUGCUCAGCCGCGGUGCUUCCUGUCUCCUCACGCUCUGAGCAUGCUGCUACCACGAGGCCGGAAGGAAAUUAACUUUCGCCCAGGGGAAAACUCCACCCAGCCAUGAGGGGCAUUGAUACUUUAUUUACAACUUCAUCCGUGAAAAGGUGAUGGCUGCUGCCUUUGAGGCUGCAAACUCCGAGGGGAAACAGCUUCCUGAUAAGACAGAAACUAUGAUCUGGGAGCCCAGAAAAGAACGUUUGCUGCGGAAUAUUCCAAAUGUUUCUGAUGGCAAGUCUGAAGGAAGUGAAUCUGCUUCUACCUCCCCCAAUGAAGGUGAUGUCAGUGGCUCUACUGAUGAGGGCUGGUACAAUAUAUAUGCUGACCUGGAUGUGUGGGAUAGUGAAGUUUCCAAUGGACCUGAGUCUUCAGGGCAGCAAGAUGCAUCUGAGCAUGAGGUGGAGGACUGGGAUAAAGAAUUGGAGGAGUCUACAUGUGGUCCUUAUGAUGCUGAUGAUCUCUCCAGUGGAAGCUUUGAGGAAAACAAUCUUUUCGGCUCAUAUGUAUGGAAGGAGGAUUGGUUUUACAACCCAGGCUGUCACCACACACCUUGCUUUGUUUUUCCACCACGAGUUAGAACAGUUGAGAAGGGCCAGUUUGAUGAUGCUGAUGAAUGAGGUUGAGUCUGGUCAGAAGUAAGUGUGGCUUCUGUGCUGCGUUAUGUUCUUCAGUGACUGAGCUCUGCCAAGUCCCGUGGCGUUUUUGCAGAGUUGGGCCUGAGGCCAGAAAUGCAACACCAUCUCCAGAGUUUUGCUUAGACUGUUUCUGUUCAUAAACUGCCCACCCUUGCCCUGGAGAUAAGAGUGCAGGUGCUGGGUGUAAGGAGUCAGUGCAUUUCUGGAGGUUUUGUUUGUAUUAUAUAGAUCUAUGUUGCUAAUUAAUUGCUUGAGGAGAAGUAUUUAAUUUCUAAACUUCAGCUUGUUGCCAGGCUUCUGUCAGUUUUGACAUGCUGAUCCCUAUGUUUUUGUGCAACUUUUAGUUUUCUUUCCUUUAUAUUUGAUGCUGUCAGAUUGGUUUGGAUAGCUUUAAAAAUUCUUCCUCCUUCAAGCUGGUCUGUUGUAUUUCCAUAUGGUUUAAAAGUCCAUUUGUGAUUCUUAUACUGCUGUUUUAACAAAAUCAGCUGUGGCGAAUACAGAACAAGUUGUUUUGUG